AUCAAUUACGAUCCGCUGUUUUUCAUCAGACAAGCACAAUACAUUGAAUCAACGCGCUGCACUUAUACCCAAAAUGAGCUCUCCUCUCAUUGUCAGUCUCGGUACGAGUCCCUGGGGCAAGUACGAAGCACCAGGUGUCGCGGCCCCGUUCGACACAUUGGAAAAGGUUUCGCCUCUUCUCGACGUGUUUUACUCGCGUGGUCACAGACACAUCGACACUGCUCGCAUCUACGGUUAUGGUACUGCGGAAGAGCUUCUGGCUGCUGCCGAGGAGAAGCACCCUAGUCUCGUUGUGUCGACCAAAAUCUUUCCGACUCGCACAACUCCGCUGGAUCCUCGUUACGAGCCUUACAACCUGAACGAACACGACCUCAAGCUAGGACUCGAGAGAAGUCUGACUGCACUGAAGUCUGAAAAGGUCGAGACUUACUUCCUCUACGACCCGGAUCGCAAUGUACCUCUGGAGGAGACUCUGGUCACUCUCGACAAGCUGUACAAAGAAGGCCGCUUUGCUCGAUGGGGUUUAAUCAGACACCCUGCUUGGCUGGUGGCAAGAAUCCAGGAGCUUUGUUCCGCGAACGGUUGGGUGAAGCCAACUGUGUAUCAGGGAAUCUACAAUCCCUUCGUUCGUGGCGUUGAGACUGAGGUCAUUCCUUGUAUUCGUCACUAUGGCAUGUCUUUCGAAGCUGCCCAGCCACUCGGUAGCGGAAUCUUGGGAGGUAGAUACAGAAAAGGCUUCCCUGACUCGGAACAUCCCAAGGGCGGCCGCUUCGAUCCUAGCCACUUCAUCGGCUUGCACCUGCGCCACAGAUACUGGCAUGAGCCCAUCUUUGACGCUCUGGAGAUGAUUGAGCAAGCAGCUGCCAAGCACGGUCUGACUGCACGCGAAUGUGCCAUUCGUUGGGCUCACUUCCACAGCGCCAUCAAGCCCGAGCUCGGAGAUCGACUCAUCCUUGGUGCAGCAGACGCACAGCAGUUGUCAGAGGUUCUAGAUUUCGUGGAGGCUGGUCCGUUACCAGAGGAUGUUGUCAAGGCAGUCGACAACAGUUGGCAGGAGGCCAAGAUUGUCAACUGAUGGUAGAAGAAGUAUUGCAAUAGAAUUCAGAUAACCCGUCAAUGUUACUUAUGAUCAAAUUGUUCCUCUAAGAGUAGAUUGCUGC